AUGCUGGACAGGGCAUUUCUCCUCUUGCUCCUCCAUUUUGUCAUGUGCUCUCUCUCGUCACCUCUCUACCCAUCACUCAGGUAUACUCCACUGCCCAUUUCAGGCAAGGCAGUGAGCUUUCAACUUCAGGAAAGCGGCCCAGUGCAGAGUCACAAUCUCUCAGUGGAAGAACAGGAGGAGGAGAACUUCCUCACUGACCCUGCUGAGAAAAGGAUGCAGCGUCAUGCAGAUGCCAUAUUUACCAACAAUUUCCGGAAAGUCCAGGGCAAGAUCUCAGCCCGGAAGGCCUUACAGGCAAUUUUUGGCAAAAGACAUGGUGAAGGCCGCACAGGAGAUGUGGAACAUGAAUUCUUGACCAGACGCCAGUCUGACAGCAUUCUUAUGGACAGUGGCUACCAUCAGCAGAUGGUAUUGAGGAAUUUUCUGGGAGCCAUGUUGCAGAACCAAAGGUCUCAAGAUGUCAACAGUGACCAUUUAGAGAAUUUUAUUACUGUCCUGACAAAGCUCAUGGAACUGUAA